AUCCCUCCAGGAAGAAACUUAACAGGAUGUUCACGUUUCUGACCAAACUUCCCACCCUCGUACUCUUUUUGGCUGCGUUUGGGGUGUCUUUCUCGGCGGCUCUCCCGGCACGUAGCAAACCGCUCGAGCCUACUGUGGAUGCAUAUGCCAGACGUUUGGAGCUGCUCAAGGGUCCGCUUGGCCCUAAGGGCUCAAGUGAGUCCCAAAAAUACCGUCAGCGGCGGCGGCGGCGGAGGAGGCCAGGUGGAGUACGUGUCGUUGGUGAUUUUACUGAGGAUAUUCCCGAAGUUGGCCGUUCCAAAUAGAGCCGGACAGUGAUUCUGCCAGCAUGACUGAUCACGGUUGUGAUUAAUUUUAAGCGCGACAUGGAGUGUCACCAGCACCUUUUCUUUACUUCUGCUUGACUGAUAGAAUUCUUUUGUCGGUUUGACGACACUUUGGUCCGGCCAUAUAUGCGUA